UAACUUGAGACGCUCAUUGCCAUGACUUCCACAAAAAAUGCAUGUGACACAGUCAUAGAAUCAAGAUAAGACAUAUUCUUCUAGAAGCCUGUCUGUACAUUUCAAAGCACAGCAACACCGUCCAUUUAGCACGGCAAAUCUUGUCGGCAUUUCAACGUAAAAAGUUGCUUUUCGUAAAGGCAGAGAAUUCACAUUCCGAGACGCGCGGUCACUUCACUCGGAAUCGGUUAAAGUUGUCUGACGGAGCUCAAAAUGCGUGUUGUCACCGGGAUACAGUGCUUCUACGUUGUUAUUUUCAUCAUACAAUCGAAAGCAAAAUCAAGCAGUCUAACACCAACUUCCACUCCGAAAAUAUUAUCAACAACCAUCAGUGCAAAAAGUAGGUCACCAUCAUCAUCACCAAGCCUAACACAAUCAAGUCCAACAACUGGCGCAAUAAAUGCAACCAGAGAGAAUAACGGUUUGUCCUCGUGGUGGACAAGAAGUACAAUAAAGCCCAGCUCCGCCACACAACCAAACACAGCUAGUUCCAGUCUCCAAGAUUCAUCAAGCUCUGUAUAUUCAAAAUCAACUACAAAUAUCAUGACUAGUAUACCAAGCGCCUCCUUGGCACUGACAUCAACUACAAGCAUCAAUGAAUACAGCUCCACCACACAGCCAAACACAGCUAGUUCCAGUCUUCAAGAUUCAUCAAGCUCUGUAUAUUCAAAAUCAACUACAAAUAUCAUGACUAGUAUACCAAGCGCCUCCUUGGCACUGAAAUCAGCUACAAGCAUCAAUGAAUACAGCCCCACCACACAGCCAAACACAGAUAGUUCCGGUCUCCAAGAUUCAUCAAGCUCCGUACAUUCAAAAUCAAGUACAAAUAUCAUGGCUAUUAUACCAAGCGCCUCCUUGGCACUGACAUCAGCCACAAGCGUCAAUGAAUACAGCCCCACCACACAGCCAAACACAGAUAGUUCCAGUCUCCACGAUUCAUCAAGCUCCGUACAUUCAAAAUCAAGUACAAAUAUCAUGGCUAUUAUACCAAGCGCCUCCUUGGCACUGACAUCAGCUACAAGCGUCAAUGAAUACAGCCCCACCACACAGCCAAACACAGAUAGUUCCGGUCUCCAAGAUUCAUCAAGCUCUGUAUAUUCAAAAUCAACUACAAAUAUCAUGGCUAUUAUACCAAGCGCCUCCUUGGCACUGACAUCAGCUACAAGCGUCAAGGAGUACAGCUCCACCACACAGCCAAACACAGCUAGUUCCAGUCUCCAAGAUUCAUCAAGCUCCGUAGAUUCAAAAUCAAGUACAAAUAUCAUGGCUAUUAUACCAAGCGCCUCCUUGGCACUGACAUCAGCGACAAGCGUCAAUGAAUACAGCUCCACCACACAGCCAAACACAGCUAGUUCCAGUCUCCAAGAUUCAUCAAGCUCUGUAUAUUCAAAAUCAACUACAAAUAUCAUGGCUAUUAUACCAAGCGCCUCCUUGGCACUGACAUCAGCUACAAGCAUCAAUGAAUACAGCUCCACCACACAGCCAAACACAGCUAGUUCCAGUCUCCAAGAUUCAUCAAGCUCUGUAUAUUCAAAAUCAACUACAAAUAUCAUGGCUAUUAUACCAAGCGCCUCCUUGGCACUGACAUCAGCUACAAGCGUCAAGGAGUACAGCUCCACCACACAGCCAAACACAGCUAGUUCCAGUCUCCAAGAUUCAUCAAGCUCUGUAUAUUCAACAUCAGCUAUAAGUAAUAGGACAAGUAUACCAGACGUCCCUUUUGCAUCGAUACUAGGUACAACUACCUAUGAAUACCAUUCCAGCAUAAAACCAAUUAGAACUAGUUCCAGUCUCCAAGCUUCAUCAAGUCUAGUGUAUUCAACAUCAACUAGAAGUAUCAUAACAAUACCAAACGUCACUUUGGUACCUAAAUCAGCUACAACCACGUACUAUUCCAGCUCUACCAUACAGCAAAAUACAACUAGUACCACUGCAGAAUUCAGAACCACCCAAAAACCUACCAAACCACUUAAGAUCAUUUACAUUAUAUUUCAACUAUCAAUGACGAUCAUAAACAUUGAAGUGCAUAAAAAUGACGAGUGUGGUCAUGAUGCUGCAGAAAAAGUCAGUGAACUGCUUAGUACAUGCAACAGCUUGAAAAUAGAGGAUUGGUCUCAUUUGUUUUACGAAUAUCUGCUAUGUAAAAUGUGCAGUGUCGAUGGAAUUAACAAAGACACCUGCUCAAUGGAAAUUAUCGACUUGAGGUGUGGUAGUGUUAUUACUACAAUUAACAUGAUAGUGAGAGUUAAUAAUACAGAAAGUUCACUAGACGACGUUAACAAUAUAUUUAAACGAAUAAAGCAGGAAGGCAAAAUAAAAGAACUGCUAAUCAACUCUACAUCGUUUAACUUUACUAAUCAAGGAGAAGUAGAACGAACAUCAUCCCCAACACCAACUUUAAGCCCAGACAUUACAAUUGUGGAAGUGAAAAUAAAUUAUAACUGGCCAGAGUUCUGCCGCAUCAGGGAUAUAUUCAAAUCCGAAAUCGCAGCUUCUUGUGAGCCAGAAGGAGAGAAACUUAAUCGAAGUGAUAUUUACAUUUUGGGCGAAAAAAGAAAGUGCUCGCGGCGACCCGAUGACGUUGAAAAAUCGAUCGUGGUGCAAUUCUACGUACUGAAGAAUAAUGCCAAUAAAAAAACAUUAGAAGUUUACGACUGUUUGAAAAACAAGUUUGAGCAGGGAAAACUUGAUCUCGGCAACUUUUUCAACGACAAGAUAGUGAGCAUUGGAUUAAAAGAUGAACAUGUGCCUACUCCCAAACCUACGCCUGUGGCUCGUACUCUGUCAGACGGGGAAAAAGUAUGGCUUGCAGUUGGCCUCACAUUGGCUAUCCUUCUGUUGCUGCUGGUGUUGUAUUUGUGUUGUUGCAGACGUAAGACGAACGAAGACAAAGACGCUGAACGAGGCUCGGACCAUUUCGUCUUGGACAACAUUGAUGGGACAAAAAAGGAGUCGGUAGUCCUUGUGAACGAUGGAUUCGACAGUCAAGAAGACAACGAUCCUCCACAGAACAGUCUUUCAACAUUUAAAGGCAAAGAACCUGAUAAACCACUAAAUGGUGAUAUUGAAGAGAAAAAAGCACCUCUUGGCGAUGGAGAGGAAACUGAUGACGAACUAGGAAUGACCGUACCUGAUGUUGCAAUAGAAGAACCCGAGAAAUCUAAAUCAACGCCAACAAAGGCGCCUCCGCACAUGGCAACAACAGAUCUUGCGCAAGAAAAGCGAGAAUUUGAGGACUUGAACCAAACAAAAGCAGACCCUGCAGCUUAUCCAAUCAAGGACUCGGAUAAGAAUAGAGUUCCAAGCAUUGUACCAAAUCCUGAUACGAGAGUGACGUUGAAAGGUGAAAAUGACUACAUAAACGCAAAUUUCAUAAAGGACCACCAAGGCAAUAAAGCCUUCAUCGCUACACAACAUCCAUUAUCCAACACAAUGAGAGAUUUCUGGUCAAUGGUUUGGCAACAUGAUGUUGAAGUCAUUGUUAUGGUGAAUAACGACGAAAAAAAUACGGCGGACUAUCACAACUAUUGGAUGAACCAGAAGAACUCGUUGGCCAUACAUGGGCAUAUGCAGGUCAAGACUGAGGAAAUGCAGAAAAUGGAUGCAUUCAACAUUACUACAUUUACCUUGAAAAAUAGCCAGGAAAACGCCGUGACGAAGACUGUACAACAUUUCCGCUUCACAAACUGGCCAAACCAAGAUGUCCCGGAUGUAAAAGAGUUCAUUCAUUUCAUGAAGAUGGCUGAAAAAGCAACAUCGAAAAACGUCAAAUCGCCUGUCGUCGUCCAUUGCUCGGAUGGUCAGGGAUAUACAGGUGUAUUUAUCGCAGUCGCUAUUGGAUCCCGAGUGUAUGAGGAAAGUGGAAAGAAGUCAAUUGUAGAUGUAUUUGACUGCGUGAACAAGAUGAGAAGCGACAGAAACCAAAUUGUUUCGAGCAAGGAGCUCUUCGCAUACAUCUACAAGGUCUUCGAGGAUUUAACCAACAGCAGUAAUAUUUCGGAUUCAAGACUUUGAAGACAAGAUGGAGAGAGAAGCAACGAAGAAUUUUAAAGGAUAAAACGAUUUGCAUGAAUUGGUUUCCAAACCAAAAACUAAAAUAAUUUAGGCAUAGUAUACGAACUUUCUUAGGAGUUAGCACAAAGAUCUCACCAGUACAAUAAUUAACUUCUUAUAUUUGAUCUUAAUAAUAGGAAUGCAUGACGCUUCAAUAUUGUAACAUAAGCAAAUACCGAAGCUUGAUAUAUAUAUAUAUAUAUAUAUAUGAUUUUCGUAGCGAAUUACACACAUAUAAAACAUACUUAUUGGGGUGUGAAAUAGAAGUGAACAUUUCAUAGCUAAGUGAAGAAUUUUGUCAUUAAAUAGCUAAUGCAUGUAUUCGCUGUAAUUUUUAAGUAGUAUAUGAUUAAAUUUGUUUGCCCAUA